AGGAGGAACGUAGAUGCAGAGGACAGGAGGAUACUGGGCACACCUGAUUAUUUGGCACCUGAGCUCUUGCUUAGAUAUGAACAUGGACCAGAAGUUGAUUGGUGGGCGUUUGGGGUGUGUAUGUUCGAAUUUUUAACCGGCUUCCCUCCAUUCCUUGAUGACACCCCAGAGAAAAUAUUUCACAACAUUCUCAGC